AUGGGUCCAUCGCUAUUAGGCGUUUCCCGAGAAGUACGAGACCUGAUCUGGGAAUCCUGUCUCACGACCCCCCGCUCGCCUCCACCUCUGCCGGCCGGGGACAGGACGGACAAUCCGGAAUGGGAGCAGCGCUACUUCUUCUGCGCCAACGAGGACGAGUGCAUGAUAGGCUAUCCGCCCCGAACGCCGCACAUAGAAUGCAUACCGUUGCUGCAGACGAGCCGCCAGAUCAACGCCGAGAUACAUGAGACCAUAGCCCGGCUCUACACCCAACGCCGCAUGGACUGCAACCUCCAGUUGACCAUCUACCGGGAAAAGUACUUCCUGCUGGACUGGCUCUGCCUGCCCGUCAACUCGCUGCACUACGACGACUGGAAGGUCAACUUUCGGCUGGUGGAGCCGCCCGUGUGGCGAGUGGACAAAGAAAGCGGCGAGCCCGAGCAGUCGAUGCUGGAGACGUUCCAUCCGGACCGCUACCCCCGCGUGCUGUGGUGCUACUUCUACAUCCUGCAGCGCUUCCUCGAGCGCGGCCCGGGCUUCAGGAGCCACCCCGAGUUCCACAUCACGCAGGCGCCGCCCAAGACGCGCAGUCUGCGGCGGCUGAUCGUCGACAUCAGCACCAAGGUGCACCUUACCUCAUCCUCGCCGCCGACGGCGCUGCCGCAGAAACAGUACCGGGGCGUCGGGCGGCACAGCGGCCGGCUGAACCGCAGGCCGCGGGGGUUCGACGAAUGGCACGCCUUCUACACGGGCGGCAUCAUCGACCCCGCCUACUACGCCGAGCAGGCGCGGUUCCUGACCGAAGAGUGGAUCUUCAGCAGCAAGCUGCAGUCGCAGGCGCGCAUGGCGUUUGAGAGCUACGAGCGCAUCCAGAUGCGGAUGGACGGGAGAGCGGUGCCGGGCGCCGAGUGGGACCUGCGCACGCUGACGGGGUCGGCGUACGAGUGCCCCAAUGGCGUGAGGUGCGCGGUGCUCGACCACAACACCGGCAUGACGGUCCAGAAGCUGUACGGGUGUCUGGUGGACCCCGAAGUGGUGAGGAAACGGGAAUACGAGGCCCUGGCGACCGAGAGAGAAGGGAGGGCGGCCGGCGGCGCAGGCGACGUCAGCGAAGCGGGUGCUGGAAGGGGAAGGAUGAGAUAA